UAGCCUCUCAACAAGAUCUUCGCAGUCUGUGACUUCCAUCGUCCUUUGAACUCCCCAUCCCAUCAUCUUUGCCAGCCAUCCUUGAUCGUGUUCAAACCGUGAAGAAGGAAGUGGAAAAGCUGACUUCUGGCAACGAAACACUGCAAAUGUACAUCGACAAUCUCACUGUGCAAAUGGCGAAACGGAGGGCCUGAAACUAUCUCUACCGAACUUUGAGACGUGAUGUCGAUCGCCGCAGGAUUGGAUGUAUCUGCGUCCUUCCAUAUUCCACAAGUUGCGACGUUCUAGUGUUUACUCCAUACUCCAUUCUGUAUUACAGCUGGAGACUAAUACCGCGAGAGUCGAUAUGGAAUACUACACAAGGGGGGUCUGUGAAGUUGAAGAAUAGUACCAGAGCCUUUUCGGCGCACCGUCACGGUUGCCUUGGCGCGUGCGCCGCUAAUGGAUGACACUGGCAUCUUCUCUCUUUCAACGCCAUUGAUGAUCUACUUUUUCUUGCGCUCCAGGCGUUUCCAUCUUGUGCUCCUUGUUCUCCAUGCAGCAGGCCUGGCUUCAUGGCUUUUCUUACCGACCGUGCGCAAAGCUCCCAUGAUCGAAGUAGCACUAGUGGAUGAGCACACUAUUGACACCCUAUCCCACCCUACUCCCUCGGAAUUCGCACAAAUGAAACUAGAUGAACUACUAUCCAGACAAUCCACGACUCUCGCUCAGGCCGAAGCCCGCUAUGUCUUGAAAUCUGGACGUUCUACGCCGACAGGGUUCGAUAAAUGGUUUGAGUUUGCUCGAGAAAACGAGUGUUUGAUCGACGAAUACGAGCAAAUCUAUCGAGAUUUCGAGCCAUUUUAUCAGCUGGCUCAGGAACAUCCUUCUCACUUCCAACGCAUGAUAGACAAGGGGCGAUAUAUGCUUCUUGAAGAAAUGAAAGGACUAAGGACGAAGCAACAAGCCGCUGUGGGAAUGGCUGCCAUCAACAUUACCAACGGGAAACUGCAAAUGCCUCCCUACCAGGCCACCACGUAUAGUUUCGACCUGCCGAUGAGAUUGCGCAGCUUCACCCAUCUUCUGCCGGACAUGGAAUUUCUCCUGAAUGGUCGCGAUGAACCACGCGUGCUGUUCAACUAUCGCGGGCAUGGCUCACAGCAAACCGCAGCCGAAAUCAAAGAUGCGACCCCGUUCCACAACGCUCCGCGUCCGACGGCCAAGUUUUUCAAGCACCAAAGUGGCUGCAAUAUCUCGAGCACCGCGCCCGGUUUCCUCAAGGAUGAAAGCGACAACAUAUCAUUCCUGCAAUCUAGCUCGAGCACCGAUUUCACUACAGAUUUCUGGCCACUCCUGAGUAUGACCAAGCUAUCUCCUUGCUUCUCAGACAUCUUGUAUCCUAGCCCGUAUCACUACGUGGCUUCCCGAUGGUCAAUGAGGAUAGCCGAAGACAACGUCCCAUGGGCUGAGAAAAAGCAGCAGCUUUUUUGGCGUGGAUCCUCCAAUGGCGGUCACAUCUUCGCUGACAAUUACCAUUCAUUUCCCCGCUUCCAUCUGAUCCAACUUGCGCGAAAUCAUUCCGAAUUAAUCGACGCCCGGAUGACCACUUUCGACGGGGGUCAUUGCACUGAGGGAUGCGAUCGCGAGCGCGUCAUUGCCGAAUACAACAUCACCGGGAAAUACGAGGAUCUACGGGAGCUCGUCCUAAAUUACAAAUACCUUCUGGACAUAAGCGGGAACACGUUUUCUGGCCGAUUCCUGGCCCUUUUGGGCUCGGGUUCCCUGGUAUUCAAGUCCAACGUGUUUGAAGAGUAUUUCGACGGCUGGAUCCGUCCCAACGAGCACUAUAUACCUGUCAAACCGGAUUUAUCCGACCUCGUCGAAAAGGUGGAAUGGGCGAAAGCGCAUGACGACGAGGCUCGGCGCAUCCAGGAGACGGGUAAACUGUUCAGACAACGAGUGGUCACAGACGCUCAAAAUGACUGUUAUUUUGCCGCGGUCUUACUCGAAUGGGCCCGUCUUCAGAGCUACACAAAUGGAACGUUAACUAGCUCCAUGGUGUUUUAGGCUCCAGGCGACUGGGACGCGAUAAAUUUGUCCAGUCGCUUGCGCAAUGGGUGGUCGACACGGAUUCCGAUCAGGCGCAGCGCUGCAGAGAGAUCCGUCGCCAGCCUCGUCUUCUCCGCUUCAUCACCGCCUUCCCCCUCGAGCAGCUCUUUCACGGCCCGGGCCAGCCGACCUUUAGGUGUCGGGGGCGCCGAGCCAGCCUUGGGCGUCUUGUGUUUGCUCUUCUUGCCCUUGACAGCUGGAACCGACAGCAGAGGAUCGAUGACUUCCGUACGGAAUCGUCGAUGGGCCAGGGCAGUCACCGGUACGACUCGGUCUAGUGGACUAGCGGCUUCUGCGCAGGCCUCAGCGGCCGCCGCUGGAGUACCCGUACCAUCUGUCUUGUAGCCCCACUUCGUUAGCUCUUCUAUUCUCUUCUCUCUCAACUUCUCGGAGACCUUCUCUCGUGUGUCGUCAGCGUAGAUAGUUUUGGCAACAGAUUCCAGAACGUCGCUGAGCCGGAGCCAGCCCUUGUCUUCGUCCACCGCGCGCUUGACAUAGUGUCGAUUGACGUAGUUUAAGAGGCGGUUGACAGAGACGGCACCCGCAGAAAAACGGUUGAAACACGGGACAAUAUACUGAAUCAGAGUAGCAUCGUCGUGUGGAGCCCCCAGCAUGAUCUCGCGUGUCGUCUCCAUGAAAUACUUGUCUAGUUGCUCGUACAGGUCCGUGCCGCUGGCAGGUUCGGUGGAAGAGCGAGAGGGAGGCGGCUUGGCUUCAGACUGCGCGGUGAAG